CCUGGCUGAAGGCGGUGCCAGCCCUGCAGAGCUCCUCAGACACUUGUCCCCAUUGCCCCAAGGGCAGAGCUGCUCCCUGAGGGUUAUUGCAGCCAGGAACUGGGCAAAGGUUGGGAGUGUUGGGUGCUUCCUUCAGUGUUCCAGAGUGUUGGGUGCUGUGAGGGACGUCUAUCUUGGUGGGUCUCUCUUGCAAAAGAACCCCUGGAGGGCCGCCUGCCCCCUGGGGGACCUCUCUCUCAGAUGGGGCUCCCCUGGGGCUGUGGCUGUCCCAGCCUCACCGGCCAUGCCAGGGGCCUCCUGACUUCCCUCGUCACUCUGCUCCUCCUCCAGCUGGGCUCAGCCCAGCUCAGAGUGGAGGGACCAGGCCAGCCUGUCACUGCCACCGUGGGGCAGGAUGUCGUGCUGCCCUGCCACUUGUCCCCUCAACAUGAUGCUCACAGCUUGGAGGUCAGGUGGAUUCGACGCACGAUAUCUGAGACAGUGCACCACUACCGCAAUGGAGAGGACCUGUAUGGGGAGCAGAUGUGGGCAUAUUCUGGGAGGACAGAGCUGGCCAGAGAUGGUCUCUCUGAUGGAAGGUUGGACUUGCGUAUCUUUGGGUUGAGACCCUCUGAUGAUGGCCAGUAUGUCUGCACUGUGAAAGAUGCUGAUGAUUAUGGAGAAACUAUUGUGGAUCUGGAUGUGACAGCCACAGGCGCUGACCCCCACCUCUCCCUGGGGGGCUAUGAGGCCGGAGGUGUCCGGGUGCUGUGUCGAUCGGCCGGCUGGUACCCGCUGCCACAGCUGCUGUGGAGGGAUGCUCGCGGGCAGCACCUGCCCUUGGUCUCCCAGACACAUUCCCAGGACCAGGAGGGGCUCUUUGAAAUCGAAGGCACCGUCAUCGUGACCGGGAACGCGGAGGGGCCCUUGUCCUGCGUGGUCAGGAACAGCCGCAUCCAGCAGGAGUGGAAAUUUUCCCUGCACAUUGCAGCUCCCUUCUUCCACAACGCCCAGCCCUGGAAGGUGGCUCUGGUCCUCGUCCUCGUGCUUUUGGCUGUGUCCAUUGGCCUGGGUGUUUAUCUCUAUCGAAAGCAAGCGGCACAGAGCCGAGAGCUGGGUGAGUCCUUGCAGUCCCUGCCCCCAGCCCCUGGGGAAGUGGUGUCCCUGCGGGAGGGCCUGGUCUGGGUGGGCUCUGGGGGCUUGUGUGCUGGUGGCUCGGGGGUGCUGGAGGAGCAGCUGGAGCCUGGGGUGGGAGUGGGGAGUGCUGGGGCUGGGGCUGCCCUGGGCACGGGACACGGCCGGGAUGGCUGAAAGGAAUGGGGAACAAGGUGGGAAAGGGGAGCGAGCUGUGGGGCUGCCCCACUCUGCACUGAUGCUUCUUGGACAGGGACGUCCUCCACCCAUCCCCAUUCACUUCCCCUUGUGUUUUGGUGGCACCGUGCAGAGAGCUGCACAAGUGUCUGUCCUUACUGCUCCACAUGCAUGAGCCUUGCUCAAAGCUCGGUCUUGCCGACUGUUAGGCAGCACCACCCUUCCUCCCCCACCCUCCCCACAGUUUGGGAACAAAGAGGUCUGUGUCCACUCAACAAAACAAAGAAAUCUGGUGUCUUCUCAUGGAAUAACCUAUAGGAUGAGAAGGUGUCCUCUCUGAUCAUGCAUUAUUUUGUUUUCCAUUUCCAGUGAAAAAAGAUGCAAAACUGGCGGAACAGGCUAGGCAGCUUGAGGAAAAAUGUGAAAGGCUGGAUCAACAAGCUACAGAGCUGGCAUGGAGAAGGUUUCUGCUGCCAGAAAAUAGAGUGAAGGUGACCCUGAAUCCACACACAGCUCAUCCUGAGCUCAUCCUGUCAGAGGACCACAGGAGUGUGAGAUGGCAAAUGAUACGGCA